GUUAAUUAAACCGAACAGCGAGCGACGAGCUAAUAUACAAAAGAGUGUCGCGUCGGACGGUGAUUCUUCGGCGCGCGGGGUAGGGCCGGGAGGCGCGGCGGGCGGGGCGAGAGGCGCGCGGCAGUACCGUGCCGCGUCGCGCCCGGGCCGUCCGUCCGCUCCAGCCUUACGUAACGAUGCCCGACCCCGAGAGCUGAUGGCCGCGCUCGUAUGGUGGCUGGCGGCCUGCUGCCUCGCCCGCGCCGCCACCGCCGGCAACCCCGACGCCAAGCGCCUCUACGACGACCUGCUCUCCAACUACAACAAGCUGGUCCGGCCCGUCGUCAACACCACCGAUGUCCUCCGCGUCUGCAUCAAACUCAAACUCAGCCAGCUCAUUGACGUCAAUCUCAAGAACCAGAUAAUGACCACGAACUUGUGGGUGGAGCAGUCGUGGUACGACUACAAGCUUCGCUGGGAGCCCAAGGAGUAUGGUGGGGUACACAUGCUACACGUGCCUUCCGACCACAUAUGGAGGCCUGAUAUUGUGCUAUACAACAAUGCUGACGGCAACUUCGAGGUAACAUUGGCGACCAAGGCGACCAUCUACCACCAGGGGCUGGUCGAAUGGAAACCGCCCGCAAUUUACAAGUCUUCCUGUGAAAUAGACGUGGAAUAUUUUCCGUUCGACGAGCAAACGUGCGUUCUUAAGUUCGGUAGCUGGACGUACGACGGAUUCAAGGUGGACCUGAGGCAUAUGGAUGAGCAGGCUGGCAGCAACGUGGUGUCGGUGGGGGUGGAUCUGUCCGAGUUUUACAUGUCCGUCGAGUGGGACAUACUGGAGGUGCCUGCGGUCAGGAACGAAAAAUUCUACACGUGUUGCGACGAGCCGUACCUGGACAUCACGUUCAACAUCACGAUGCGGAGGAAAACGCUGUUCUACACCGUCAACAUCAUCAUACCUUGCAUGGGCAUCUCCUUCCUCACCGUGCUGACGUUCUACCUGCCGUCAGACAGCGGGGAAAAGGUGACGCUGUCGAUAUCAAUCCUCAUUAGCCUCCACGUGUUCUUCCUGCUGGUGGUGGAGAUCAUCCCCCCCACGUCGCUGGUUGUGCCCCUCCUCGGGAAAUACCUCAUAUUCGCUAUGAUACUGGUAUCAAUCAGUAUAUGCGUGACAGUAGUGGUGCUGAACGUGCACUUCCGGUCGCCGCAGACGCACCGGAUGGCCCCGUGGGUGAAGCGUGUCUUUAUCCACAUACUACCGCGGCUGCUCUUCAUGAAGCGGCCGCAAUACAAAUUCGACACAACCAGGUCGCGGUACACAGCAUGCGGCGUGGUCGUGCGGUGCGGCGGCGCCGCGCGGCCGCUGUACCCGUACCGGCUGGCCGCAGCGGAGGACGACUGCUGCGCGCCGGGCGCCUGGCCGCCGCCCGCGCCGCACCCGCGCCCGCUCACGCGGACGCCUAGCAAGGAGGACUUAACACACACAACAUACUUGAAUUCAGGUAUGAGCGACAGCAAUCGCUUCGGCGGCAGCUGCGUGGUCCACGGCUCAACAGAGGGCGGCGCGCUCAACGGCGGGGUUGAGGAGGAGCUCAGCCCCGUACCGGACCCGCCUCCCGGGUUCAGCCACUCCUCGUGUCCACCUGAAGUUCACCGCACGUGCUUCUGCGUGCGGUUUAUAGCUGAGCACACUAGGAUGCUCGAAGACUCCACUAAGGUAAAAGAAGACUGGAAGUACGUAGCCAUGGUGCUAGACAGACUGUUCCUGUGGAUCUUCACGCUCGCCGUGCUGGUGGGCACGGCCGGCAUCAUCCUGCAAGCACCCACGCUGUACGACGACCGGGUGCCCAUCGACAAGGCCUUCAACCAGAUCGCCACCUCCACACUGGUGCGGUGUCCGCCGCCGGCGUAAAUCUUAUUUAAUAAUGACGGUGGCUGAUCUC